CGCAGUCGCUCUGCGCAUCCGAAGGCUGAGGACAGCCAUUUCUCUUCUCAGAAAAACACUGAAGAUAGCUCGACUGUGCGCCGUGAGGAAACACUUUGAACUGUGUAGUGUUGAAGUGAAAUAUACUCCAAGCAGAAGUAUUAUUCACGGACUGACAUCCGCCAUCUCCAAACUUUCUCCCAAAUCUCCACCUGCGCAGCGAAGGACGCGCGGCUCCUGUUUGUGCGGGAGACAUGGAUCCCGCACAGGGACCCGCCACCGACCACCCCGCCUCGACAAACAGCCUGGUCCUCGAGGAGGAGGAGGACGUGAAGCCAUUUGCAGCGGCCGUGAGCAGCCAGGAGCCGCCUGCGCCCUGCGGCGUGAGCGCAGAGGGAGGGGGGCAGUGUGCGGAGGAACAGCACCAGAACAGCGCCCCCCUGCUGCUGUACCCUGUAAACACAGAACGCUUCUUCACCACAGCCGCAGAUGGAAAGACUUACCUGAAGAUCGCUCCAGCCGCUGGGAUGUCCUCUGUCCCGUCGGAGAAGCCCCUUCCCUCUGGCUCUGACUUCUCGUCCAAAGCCGUGCUGUGUCUGAUCGAGGCGGUGGGCCGGCGCUGGGGACUGUACGACACUCGUGAGCGCUCGCAGCUCUUCCAGAGCGUCCAAGAAGAAAUGGCCUCAAAAGGACACGUACUUCCUGUAGAAAAGAUCCGCCGCAAAUGGAACAACCUCAUUGUCACGUAUAAGAGGGUGAAGGACCGCAGCAGAGAGACGGGCCACGCCAAGACGUCCUGGGAGUUUUUUGAUCUGAUGGACGCCACUCUGUCCGACACCGUGGGCUCUCAGAUCAACAACAACAACAAACGAACCAAACCGUCCAACCCUCCGUGCCCUCCGCCCGGCCCCGUCACCAAAAUCGUCGUCAAACCCCACCUCCCCCAGACCGCCUCGCUCCUCCACCCCGGCGGCACCGCACGUACCGCCGACAGCAAACCCUCGGCGUCCUCUGUUACCACGGUGACCAUCAGCCCCAACAACUCCGCGGACAUUAAACCCUUAAUUUUCCUCAACGGUGACAUAGUUGCGAGCGGUCUCCAGCAGUCCACCGCCGCCGCCGCCACCACCACCUCCAGCGCGUCCCCCUCGUCCAAUAAAGCGUCUACGGUCGCGACGUCGGCCGGUAACAUAGAUCUCGCCAAGGCUCGCUUCGUUACCCGGAAAAACCCCACCUUUUCCUCCAGCAUCCUACCGCUCCGUCUCAGCGGCGCACAGUUGAACAAAAACAUCUCCAGCUUGUCCACCGCCAACUCCUGCCUCUCGUCGUCCGCCUCCAUCUCGCUAGCGCCCUCGUCUGGACCGGAGGGGAAAGGCGGCGAGGAGCAGUCGGCCACGGCGUUGGUCAGGGAGGUUUUGAAGAGGCAGGAGGAGCAGGCGUAUUUGGAUCGGGUGGCGCGACGCAGGACGGAGGCCAGGGAGAAGCGGAGAGAGCGGAGGGAGCAGAGGAUGGUGGAGUCGCUGGGCAGAGUGGCCACGGCGCUGGAGCUUCUGUCGUCCAAACAGGACACGGUUAUCGCGCUGUUACAGAGACUCGCGGACAAAAAGUGACGC